UUACAAAUGUUUUAGUUUAAAUGCCAGUUGUGGGCGCCAUCAUGGGUGGGAUGGUUGUUUUGGCAUGUUUGGUUGUAUUCUAUGAUUUUAACGGUGUUUUGUGUGCUGAAAAUAAUGCGGUAAACUGGGAUUCGAUAAACAAUCUGCGAACGAAAAGAUAUGCUGAAAGUGACAAUCAAACCCUAACACACAAUAUUACUACAACUUUAAGUAGUAAAAUAAUAGAACCAAAAGAAAACAUUAUUGCAGAAUAUACAGAUAGUAUUAAAACUCCAACCAAUGAAAGAUAUGAACUAAAUGAUGUAAGAAACAUUAAUAAUAUGCUUAUUGAUAUAGCAACCAUUGCUCAUAAUGAAAACAAUACUAAAGGAAUUGACAAAAUCAGACACUUGGUGGAUGAAAUAACCAAGCAGACCAAAAUGAAAGAGAAUGUUGAAGUAAGUGAUGUUAAAUCUUCAAAAAAAGAACCAUCCGAUACUAAUGUAAAAACAGUUUUAAGGCAAAUUGGACCAAUAAAUGACAUCGAAACAAAAGAAAUGGUUAACAUCGUUUCACUUAAAAAACCUACAAAAAUGUUGAAAAAUGACCAACUUGUAACUGAGAAUGCCAACGUAGUUUUGAAACAUGUUGAACCAAUAAACUACAUCGAAACAAAAGAAACGGUUGACAUUGUUCCUCUUAAAAAACCUGUAAAACAUACGAAAAUUGAACAGGUCGUAACUGAGAAUACGAAAAUAGCUAUACCAAUACAUGACAUCGAAUCAAAUGAAACAGUUAACAUUGUUUCUUCUAAAAAAGAUCCAAAACUUGCAAAAAAUGGACAGCUCGUAACUAGGAAUGCUAACAUAGUAUUGAAACAUGUUGAACCAAGAAAUAAUACUACAACAAAAGAAACUAUUUAUUUUGUUAAAAACCCGCUAACUGGUGAUCAUAAAGAUACAAAAGAAAUAAAAUCACAGGCACCAUUGUUCACUAAUACAAGAAGGCACGAUGGCGAUUUAUCGGACCAUGAUGGUGACAGAGCAAAAAUCACAUCAGAAGAUAAAAAUCAAAUCAAAAUAAAAGAACAUUUGUAUGAAGAAGAAUUACUACGGCGUCCAAAUACUAAAGAAAAUGCAUACAACUGGUACAAAGGACAAAAUUACAAACACAAUUACGGAAGCAGAAACAUGUUUACAGGAAACAAGGAAUAUAUUGAUAAUUAUUAUAGUAAUGGCGACGAUUAUCCAUACUACAAUGACGAUUAUGAAUACUAUACUAACUCGCAUCCUUUAAGUAAACAAACCAAUGAAGUAAACAAAGAUUGUACAAGAUAUACAAAAACUACCUUUGACAGGGACACCGUAAUAAGCAUAAAACCACAUGAACAACUGGUCAAGAGUUUAAAUGAAGAUGGAAAAGAACUUACAAACAUACAAAGUAAUAAUUUUUACGGGGAAUAUUACAGUGGCAUGUAAAAGCAGCAUUUAGAUGAAAAUGGA